UCCCUUUCUUUUGUCGCCUUAGUGACGUUGGAUGUCGCAGGAUAGCGACGUCAGAAUGUGGCGGAAGUUAAAAUAGUGGCGGAAGCAUCAGUAGCUCAGUUAGUUGUCCUGGAAACUUGUUCAAUAGAGUGUAGGACGUUGUAAAUGUGACAGCCAAGCCUUUUUUAUACUCGUUCUGUUUUUUUGGAUACACCUUUUGUUGAUAUAUUCCAGAAACGUCUAACCAUAUACAGGACUUGCCGACCUUAGCUCCCACCAGACUUCAGUCAGACAGCUUGGGUCGCGCGGGCGAGGAGCCCGGGAAAGCUGAUUGACAGGCGGCGAUAUGACCCAGCAGGGUGCCGCGCUGCAGACCUACAACAACGAGCUGGUCAAAUGUAUCGAGGAGCUGUGCUCCAAGCGGGACGAGCUCAACGGUCAGAUCCAACAGGAGGAGGAGGAGAAGUCCCGCCUGCAGCACGACAUCCGCGUCCUGACGGAGAAGCUGAGCCGAGUGAACGAGAGCCUGGCCCAGCGGCUUGCCGCCCGCUCCACCUUCGACCGCACCAUCGCCGAGACGGAGGCCGCCUACAUGAAGAUCCUUGAGAGUUCUCAAACCCUUCUGAGUGUGCUGAAGAAGGAAGCUGGAAACUUGAGCAAAGCUACUGAACCACGGUCAAAGGGCCACUAACGAAGGCCACACACACACACACACCUCAACCCCGGUCAAACCUGCAGCACCCUCUCGGAGGUCUUAAGAACUACUUGGGAUUAAUUGUAAUAUAUAUUUUUUUAUUUAGUGUUUACAUAGGAAAUGGUACCUAUUUUGUACAAAAAUGUAUGAUUUUAUAUUAAAGGUGUCGUGACUUUAUCUCCUGUGCUUAGUUUAUGCAUUCACGUUUGGAUUAGACACAAUAAAUGUUAUUGUGAAAGUAUCUCUUAAAGGAUAAGUGCGUUUUUUUCUUUGGCUAUGAUCCUUUCAGCCCAGGGAUGGAAUUGGCAAAUGUAAUUAAGAAGUCUGUUGCACAUAUUCAAGUAUUCUAUUUAUUGAGCUUUCAUUUAUACAAUUGUGACAUUGCUUGUGUUUGCCAAAGUGAUUGACGAGUACAUUUCUUUACAUUAAGUACAUCACUUGCGAUGCAAAUUUACAGACAAAGAUGAGGGCGAACAGGAAAAAGCUUCUAAACCACGGUCUCUACAGUAGAACAUACACAAACGGCGUACUUUAAAAUGGGAAAAAGACGGAUGGGUGAAUACUGCGGAUCAAGGCAGAGAGCGGCCUGUGGGACCUCCCCUUUUCUUUUUCUUUUUUACAUUUCUCAAGCACUCAUUCAACAGAUUUUACAUCCGAUAAUGGCUGCCAUAGAAUGUGACGCAUGACAUGAUCACAGGAACCUUCCAACCCCAAACAUGGCCUCUGAUGCCCUUAAGUUACAGAGACCCACAUACGAAGAAAAUAAACCCUGAAGAAAAUAAGGGCCAUGUUCUAAUCAAUGCUUGAAUUGACGUCAAUGUGAGUGAACAUGUGUUUUGGACACGGGUAGUGGUGGUAAAGACUCGUUCCUGCGUUGUGAAGCAGGAUAUAGGUCGUCACAACAAGGCCAACAAUCAUCCAUUGCAA